GUCGCUAUAUGGUUUCAGACUGGUAGCGUCUAUACCGUCUCUUCUCAACAGUAGGACCCUCGCAGUGGAGACCAGUAACCAGGAUGGUCACUCAUCGCAUGUAACCAUCCUCAGUUUGACCACGGCCAUCGAGACCACCGAUUCCUCCCAGUGAACCUUGUCAACCCCCUGCCUCAGCCAUGUCGAGUAUAAACAAUGCGCUUUGCAUCGAAAAUGGACAGAACAUUGACCUUUCUCUCUUGAAGGAUAAUCUUCAGGACGGUGGAUUAAGCCAGCUUUUGGAUUAUAAUGCCGAGAUGGAAAGGUACCGGUCUUUUGCGAACUUUUACAAAACCAACGGCGCGUUUCCACAGACUGCCAAGAUUGCCCGCAUCACGACGCCCAUUUUCCCCAGCGCCAGAAUUGGCAUGUCCCCUUGGAACUGCGAUAACGCCAUGCUCUGGGGGAGGAAAUCAGCGGCAAUAAACCCUAAUAGGACCAGCAUGCAUAGAAACGACUCCCAGAGGCCGGGGAAGCCUGGCAUGGUGCCAGAGUCGCUGCAAAUGGCAAAUAAUAAUUUCCUCUCUACCUUAUCCCCCGAACACUGCAGACCUUUAGCAGGAGAAUGCAUGAACAAGCUGAAAUGCGGCGCUGCUGAAGCAGAGAUAAUGAAUCUCCCAGAACGCGUUGGAACUUUUUCCGCUAUUCCGGCUUUAGGGGGCAUCUCAUUACCUCCCGGGGUCAUCGUCAUGACAGCCCUUCACUCCCCCGCAGCCUCAGCAGCCGUUACAGACAGUGCGUUUCAAAUUGCCAAUCUGGCAGACUGCCCACAGAAUAAUUCCUCUGCAUCCAGUGGAAACCCGGCGAAGAAGAAGAGGAAAAGGUGUGGGGUCUGCGCGCCCUGCAGGCGGCUCAUCAACUGUGGCGUCUGCAGCAGUUGUCGGAACCGCAAAACCGGCCACCAAAUCUGCAAAUUUAGGAAAUGCGAUGAGCUGAAGAAGAAGCCGGGCUCGUCGCUGGAGGUGAGAACUUAG